AACUUGUUCGCCAUUUUAUUUCCUCCUGUAUAGAUAACUAAAGAUUUUCUGAAUUCAAUCAAAGUCAAUUUUAAUUUUUUAUAUCAUUGCUAUCAAUUAGUGAUAAAACAGUAUAAUCUUGUGAAAAUGGCGACAAAAAUAAAAGCCGAAAAUCCAGAGGUGGAAACUAUAAAUUUAGUUGAGUCGCCAAAGACAACUAAAACCCACGACGAAGAAGAUAUUUGUGAAUUGGAACACCUACGAAAAUUAUUUAUUGGUGGUUUGGCCUCGCACACUACUGAAGAAAAUUUGAAACAAUUUUAUGGAAAAUGGGGUACGGUGGUGGAUGCAGUUGUAAUGCGUGAUCCAACAACGAAACGUUCUCGAGGUUUUGGAUUUAUUACAUAUACUAAAGCAUCUAGUGUUGAUGAGGCACAGAAAAAUAGGCCGCACAUAAUUGACAGCAAGACAGUAGAUCCAAAACGCGCGCUUCCUCGUCCGGAACGUGAGACACGUGAAACAAACAUUUCAGUUAAGAAACUUUUUGUUGGAGGACUUAAGGAUAAUCAUGAUGAAAAAUGUUUGGAAGAAUAUUUUUCAAAAUUCGGUAAUGUUAUAUCUGUAAAAAUACUUACGGAUAGAACCACCGGUAAACGGCGUGGAUUUGCAUUUAUAGAAUAUGAUGACUACGAUUCUGUUGAUAAGGCUAUACUACAAAAGGCACAUACAAUUAAAUAUGUGGUUGUCGAUGUUAAGAAGUCCGUAUAUAAACAAGAAAAGCAACAGGGGAACGAGCCAGGCGGUGAUGAUUCAAAUAAUCCCAACAAUGCACAAAAACUAAUGCAAGGCGGCGCAAAACCCAAUAAUUUCCGUCCACCAGUGCCACAACAGCCAAUGCCACCAUAUCAACAGGGACCACCAGCACCAUAUCCACAAGGCGCACCGUACAAUUAUUGGGGACCACCACAACAACCGCCACCACCACAAUACGGGCCAUAUCCACAACCGCCAGCUCCAGCUAAUGCGUGGAAUACACCGUACGCCUGGAAUAGUUGGAAUGCUGGACCACCACCACCGCAAGUUGGUGCACCACCCACAAAUUGGUAUGCCAACCAAUGGCAACCGAAUAAUGUACCGCCGGGUCCACAACCGCCAAAUGGCGCUGCACCGGCGGGCGCUUGGAACGUGCCACCAGCAAGUGGACCACCACAACCACAAUGUCCACCCGCUAACUUUGGCAAUGGCUAUCAGCAGAAUUACGGCGGUGGCCCUGCUAAACAUAACCAACCAAAUGCAAAUCGUAUGCAUCCUUACGGCCCACCACAGAACUCAAAUUAUGCCAAUGGCAAUCAACAACCGCCACCACAAGGCUACAAUGGUUAUGGCGCAGUUAAACCGCCUGCAGCAGCAGUACCGCCAAAUAAAAAUGGUCCACCCGUAGGACCGCCAGUCAACACAGCUGCGCAAAUGGCUAACAAGUUUAGGCGCUGAAGGUUUACAAAUUGCAUUAAGGUAUAAUACAACAAGCUCAAUAUAGAAGAAAUGCUUAAAUUAUAAAUCACAGAAGGGCUUACCUGUUUUGUCUAUCACACUAAUAGGUCAUUGCAUUAAAGGACAAUUAUUUUACGAUUAAGUAAUACAUAUUUGUGUACUUUAGUAAUAUAUACAUAUCUAUAAUGCAUACAUAUAUGCAAUAUGAGCAAACAAUAACUCACUAAGUAGUGUUACUUAUAUUGUUAGCGUACUCAAGUUAAAUGCCUUAUUUGAAUAGUUGUUUUUAAAAAUCUUGUAAUUAUAUUGCCAACAAUUUUUUACACUCUCUGAAGUCACAUUUAUGUAUGUAUGAAACAUUUGUAAGUUCAGCGCAGUUUAUGUUGUACUAUUUAUAAUUAUAAAUUUAAAAUAUUUACAUGCAUUAAGUCUCCUUUAUAUUUGAGAUUGUUUGGCAAAGUCAAUACAUACACACAUGCAUACGCUAAAUGUCGAAGAAAUUAUGUAUCUUAUAAAAAAAAGUUAAUUUCACACAAAAUAAUAAGUUUAGUUUAAACAAUGGGUUCUUACAUUUUGGGUAUGUUUAAAAGUGAAUAUUAUUGUGCUAACGUAUAUAUAUGUAUUUAUGUAUAGCGUACUUAGUGGCUAAUGUACAAAUGUAGCAAUGAUAAUUUAUGAAAUGAAAUUUUAUGGCAAACCUUUGUAUAUAAUAUACAUACUAUAUGUAUUUUAAUGUUGGCAAAUACGUUUUGUAACAAUUUUACAAAACACACAUUGAAUUUGAUUGAAUUUAGUGUAUCCUACCAAAAAAAGUACACUUAAACUUAUGUUAAAUCGUUUUAUUCAAACUAGUUAUAUAUAUAUACAAUUAGCGUAUUACAAUAAUUUAGUUCAAACUAGCCUAGCACGGAGCUACUUUCGUUCUAUGUAUUUUCAAAAAAAACAUAGCAUAUGUAUGAUUUUUUCUUUUAGUUAUGUAUAGAACAAAUAAAGUAAAUUUAAUAUAAUACAUAAUGAAAUU